AUGUUGGAGAAUGCAAAGAAACAAAAGGAUCAACAGGUCAAAGAAAUCGCUAGCAAGCUGGAAAUUGCACAGGCAUUGAACUGGGCAAAAACGGAGAAGAGCCCAGAAGACGUCAUUGGAUGGCUUGGAUUCAAUGAUAACUGGGAGAACCUUUUGACAAGCCCAGCACUGAACAUUUGGUAUAUCUAUGUCACAAAACGUGGAAAACACGAGAAUCCGUUUGAUCUCUUGGUGACACAACUGACAAUGGCCCAUAAGGACGAAGAAAUAGGCGAAAUCUUAGCGCUACUCACGCACUGGUCGAAUGAUCCGAAAACGAGCACGGAGGUUUACUCGUUGUUUCAGAUCGACAAGGCAGAUAAUGCAUUGGAUAGUCCUCUCUUGCUCUUGUGGGCUUCCUACUGUGAUUCAAUGGGGCACGAUCCGGUAGCAUUUUUGUUUGAAAAUUUGCAAGCUCACUACAAGCAUGACGAAAAGCAUGACGCAAAACUUGCACGUGCGAUAAUCGAUGCAAAGCAAAAGCACCCCCACGACGAAUUUUUUGUAAAGAUGGAGCAAAAACUGUUGACGACAUGGCAGGCAGAGGAAAAAGACGAGGGUCUAGUUUUCGAUCUUCUAGGAUUGGACAAGGUUGAGACUAACAUAUUUGCACUUCCGGCCAUGGAGACUUGGGUUUUGUACGUCCAAAAGUUAAAAGGGGAGAAAUGGAAGGUGGCCGUUUUGAAGUUUCUUCAAAGAAGUAAUUACGAUAUUCAUCAGGGCAACACGAUUGCAAACGCCAAGACUUCAGAUAUUGCUGCAAUGGUGGUGGUGCAAGCUUGGCUUCAGGAAGGAAAAGACGAUGCUGACGUAUUUGAACUUCUUGACGUGAUAAGUGAACCAAAUGGUAUCGAUCCUCGAUCUCUUCGUGUCUGGGCGUAUUUUGUAAAAAAGCUUAACGCUGCCACGUAUCGAGACAACAUUCCGGAUGAGGCUCGGUUGAUUACGCGCUUGCUGAAUUACGCAAAUGAAAGCGCUCUGGCAAGAGCGCUGGCAAAGAUGAAACAUAAAGAGCCUGAACAACACAUGUCCUUGUUCUUAACUCGCUUGCAAAACGAACAUUUCCAGCUGUUGAAGUCAAGAUACCAUGACAGGGAGAAGGUUAAACAGUACUUGGUUGACAAUCAUAUCAAUGAUGAGAGCGUUCAAAUGAUUAUGGUGGACUACGACCUUUUUCUUAAGGGCUCUUGA